GGCGCUUACCACCGGCAAAGAAAAGUUUGUCUGCCAGACUGUCGAAGGAAACGCAAGGACCCUCCCGUCGAGAUACGCUGCCGGUAAUCACAAAACGGAAUUCCAUUACUAAAAAAGGUGCCAUGGAUGGGCAUGUGAGGUUGUGGAGGGGCAUCGGGUACAAGUGCAUGCUGGGACUGACCCUGCUGCUUCUCCUGUUCGAGAUCGUCGUCAGCCGCCUCUGCAACUGCCUCAUCAACAUGGUGGACGGUUUCCACACCCUCUACAUCCUCCUCCACCUGUCGCUCCAGCAGCCCUCGUCUGCGCACACUCCUCCUCCAUCUCCUCCUCCUCUGGCCUCUCUGGCGUCUCCUUCUCUGACCCCGUCUCCUCACAUCAUCUCCUCAAACUCACACAUCACUUCCUGUCCCCAUCCCAGCUCCUCUCCCCCCAGCAGUCCUCGCCCCGACCUUAACAUCGUGUCCUCUGCCGGACCCAUCCCUACUCUGGGCUGUGACCCCACUUCCGCUCUCUCGUGCGUCAUGCCGUCUCGUGUCCAGCCGUUCGGCGCGCUGGUGUCGGCACUGAUCGUGGCCUCCCUGUGCGUGUCGGUCACACUGGAGAUUCUCAGCUACAUCUUCCAGCCACAUCCCAUCCAGAGACCCAUCCUGGCCACAGCAGCGAGCGCACUCAGUCUGCUCUUCAACGCCGCCAUGCUGGGCCUCGCUUGGGCUCGACCGACGCUCAGGCCAGCAGGGUCUGUGUCUGAGCACCUUGGCUUAGGGUCAGGUGAGAGAGCUGUGGCAAAAGCCACAGAAGACGGGUUGGUGAAGGGAGCUCUUCAAGACGGGUCCCUUUUGUUCUGUAACCCUGGCGCACCCAGUGUUCUGGAUCCCGACAGCGAUUCUGUGACCCCAACAACCACUGACUCUCUGGGGUCUAAUAAACAACACGAGAGGUCAUCCUCUUCAGAACCGAAGGAACAUCUUCAGUCCAACUCCAGGGCUCUUGAGCUAACCAAUGUUCCGUCACAGGUUCCUAUGUACAGCACUGGCCACACCGGAUAUCCAGCAAGCCUAUGUGUCCCUUCUCUGUCAGUACCCUACAAAGCACCACUCAGAGGUCAUCAGAGCAGCUGUCUAAGCCGGGUUCUCACCACCAUCCUCCGUGACCUGCUGUGCCCGUGCCUGGCUCUCGCCAACGCACUGACCGCACUACUAAGCAGCCCUGACUGUCACCACCCGCUGGAGUCGUGCAGCUCUAGGGUCUACCUGGACCCGGCACUGUCCAUGAUGGCCGUGCUGGUGCUUCUGGCCUGUGCCCUGCCCGAGGUGCGUCGCCUGGGUCUGCUGCUGCUGCAGAGCUGCCCCCCGGGCCUCAGCGUGCCAGAUCUCCGGAACGGGCUCAUGGCCGUGCGCGGCGUGGAAGGAGUGCACGAGCUCCAUGUGUGGCAGCUGACCGAGAGCUGCCUGGUGGCCUCCGUACAUGUGCACGUGAAUGCUCACUGCUGGCGGGAGGGGCCGGAUAAGGUUGUUGCCGGGGUGAUGGAAACGCUACACAGAGCCGGAGUGAGCAUGUGUACGGUCCAGCCGGAGACUGCCACUGAGAGUCUAAAUGGAGAGCCAGCCUUGCCAGCUCUGCCUGGUAAUCAAGCUAAGGAUUGGCCCUGCAGUCUGUCCUGUAGGAAGGAGUGUUUGGAUAAGAUGUGCUGCACAUCCCUAAAGAAAGCUAGUGUGGGUGAUGGGGCGCCACCUAGUGGCAAUGCAGAGGAGAAGGCCCCCCAGGCUGUGAUCAUUGAGAACACUUUCUUGUGAUUGGCAGAAUUUUAACUUGUUUCUUUUUUCAGCAGAGGCUGAGCAGGAUCUUGAGAAGGGCUAAAAAAAUUUAGCACCAAAUGCAGGACUUCUCAUUACAACUGAAUGUAGUUACAAGACUUGUAGGGAGAAAAAAACUAAUUUAUACUACGUAAAUUAUGUUUUUUUUUUACAUUUUCUAUUCUUUACACAUGUUAUUGUGUAUGGUGUAUGCUGUCUGAUAUAUUGUUUUCAUUGUUGUACAUUUAAAUAAUGGCUUUUAAAAAUGA